AACAACUUGCAGGAAAAUAAUCCUUACCAAAGACAAAGAAAAAUAGAAAAACCCCUAAACCCCAAGACAAAAUCAAGAUUAAGAAGCCAAUUUGUCCAAAAAUAUAAAAACUCAUCAUAUGUCAGUGUUCUUUUAAGCAAGAAAUGAUGGCAACAACAAUACCUGCUCACUUCAUUUGGAACCCUUCUUAUCUUCCACACUCGCAACUCACUUCCAAUCUCAGACCCAUAUCAAGAAAACCAAUUUAUAGUAGUACCCAUUUCCAUAUUAGUACUAAAAAUCCAAUCUUUAACCUCAAAUCUUCCUCUUUGCUCAAGGUUCUUGCUAGGGUCAGCGCUGAAAAUACUGGUGGCAGUGGUGGUGGUGGUGCCGCUCCACAGCAAGAGUACAGUAAAAUAGAUGAAACAAAACCUAGUUCAUCUGGUCUUGGCGACAAUUAUGUUGGCUUGUUUGUUCGGAUGCUUGGGCUAGACAAUGAUCCGCUUGAUAGAGAACAGGCUGUAGAGGCAUUAUGGAAAUAUUCACUGGGAGGAAAAAACUGUGUCGAUAACAUCAUGCAGUUUGGCGGAUGUGUCAAUCUCAUUGUAAAUCUUCUCAAGUCAGAUUCCGAUUCUACUUCUAAGGCAGCUGCUGGCCUUCUAAGAUCAAUAGCGUCGGUUAACGUAUAUAGAGAUGUGGUAGCAGAAAGUGGAGCAAUAGAAGAGAUAACUGGCUUACUUUUGCAAUCUUCCUUGACUUCUGAGGUAAAGGAACAAAGUAUUUGUGCUUUGUGGAACUUGUCUGUAGAUGAGAAUAUCAGAGUUAAAAUUGCAAACGAUGAUAUAUUGCCAUUUCUCGUUAAAUCCCUUGAGGACGAGGACAUAAGAGUGAAGGAAGCAGCUGGAGGGGUUUUGGCCAAUCUGGCAUUGACUCACUCAAAUCAUAACAUUAUGGUUGAAGCAGGUCUUAUUCCUAAGUUGGCAGUGUUCAUAAAAGCUGAAAUUGAAGAUGACUAUAAAGUCAUUAGGAAGGAAGCAAGAAAUGCCCUUGUGGAACUAUCGAAGAAUGAAUACUAUCGUAUUCUUAUCGUAGAGGAAGGCUUGGUUCCUGUCCCACUGAUUGGUGCAGCUGCCUAUAAGUCUUAUACUCCGGCUUUGCAUUCAUGGCCUAGUUUACCUGAUGGUAUGAAUGUUGAACGUUCUUAUAAGGGCCCUUCAAGAUUCGGUGCGUCUGAUUUGCUCCUCGGUUUGAAUGUUGAUGACAAAAAUGCAAACAUUGAGGACGCAAAGAUGAAAGCAAUAAUUGGAAGAUCUAAGCAACAAUUCCUUGCUCGUUCUGGAUCCAUAGAAGUCGAAGAUGCAAAAUCUUCUCAAACUGAAAUAUCUCCAAAAAGGCAGUUUACACUUUUGCCUUGGAUGGAUGGUGUGGCCAGAUUAGUUUUAAUUCUCGAACUUGAUGACGAGUCUGCCUUAUCCAGAGCUGCAAAUGCAAUUGCUGAUGCAUCUAUUAAUGAAGAAAUGCGAAAUUCAUUCAAGGAAGCAGGUGCUAUCAAGCAUUUAGUUCGGCUUUUAUAUCAUAAGAAUGAUGAUAUCAGACUUGCUGCUAUUGGUGCAUUGGAGAGAUUGUCUGCCAGCAAUGGCGUUUGCCAAAUAAUUGAAGCUGAAGGCGUUCUAUGUCCAUUGAUUGACAUCUUCAAAAACUCAAAUUCCUCCAAGAUGAUGAUGGAAAAGACCUUGAAUUUACUAGAGCAAAUAUUAGACCCUAGCAAAGAAAUCAAAUCAAAGUUUUAUGAUGGUCCAGUAAAUGGAUUUAAAAGCAGAUUAGAUAAAGAAAGAGCUGCGGAUUCUUCUGGCGGAUUAACUACAAGCGAAGAGAAAAUAUCCACUCACACCAGACAGAAUUUGCUGGACUCAUCUGUCAUUGCUCGCCUUGUGGAGAUGCUGAAGGAUCCGUCCUUGGAUAUACAAAGAAAAGCUGCUACUAUCCUUGAAUUUGCGGCAACGAAUGAUAAAAACACGGACGUACUCAUCUCGGGAAAUAUUGAAUCCGGUCUGAGUGCUGUUUUCCAACAAAAUGUAUUAAGUGAAUUAGAUCAUGAUAGUGAAAAUUAUCAGCCUGAGCUAUAUGCUCUUCAAGUCGAAGAGGCUGGUCAAGCAAUAUCUGCAGCAUCCCGGUUACUCACAAAGCUUCUAGAUUCAGAUCAAUUCUCCCGCACCAUUAACUCCGCUCAUUUUACUGAACUGCUGCGUAAAACUCUGAAGGCAGACAUCCCGCUUCAUUACAAGGACUGGGUUGCCGCUUGUUUAGUGAAACUCAGCACUAAACAUGGGUGUAGACUAGAAUUUGAGGAUCCGAUAAACAUGGAAAUAACUCUUUACGAGACUAUUCCGAGGCUAAUAGAGCAGAUAAAGUCCUCAUUCUUCCCGGAAGUGCAAGAAGCUGCAGUUGUAGAACUCAACAGAAUAAUUUCCCAGGGGAUGGUGGAUGGUACUCGAGCUGUUGCUUCUGCUGACGGAAUUUUUCCUCUGGUUAAGCUAAUCGAAGAAAGAAAUGAGAGGACUGCAGAAGCAGCAAUGUCUAUUCUAUAUAAUCUAAGCAUGGACAUCGAAAAUCAUUCGGCCAUUAUAGCUGCUGGAGCAGUACCGACUCUGAGGAAAAUUGUUCUUUCACAAAAACCGCAAUGGAGGCGAGCUCUUCAUUUGCUGCGGACAUUACCAACUUGAACAUGGCAAGACAGGUACCCAUGCGAUUAGUUACCCUGAGGUAUGAGCUUGUUGAUUGUAUAUAUUUAUACAAAUGCUGAUCAAUUUUGCUAUCUUUUGUACUACAAAUCAAUCACAUUUAUUUGCUUAUUCUCCUA